AUGCCUCGUACUAAAAAACCUCGUGAUGUCAAAUAUAGUAAAUCACGAGCAUUUACUCGCAAUACUGAAAUUCCAAUACUUCAACCUAUAUUUCUUGAACAAACUUAUAAUUCAAAUCCUACCAAAUUUAAUUUGCAACAAAGUGAUUAUGAUGAUGUUAAUGAUGAUUUUAUUGAUGAAAGUAUACCUGUUGAUAGUGAUGAUAGUAUUUAUAGAGAAAAGCAAACUCGUUUGAAUAAAUCCUGGCAGUCAAUUCAUGUUCAACUUAAAGACGCGUUAAUUGAGUUGAAAAGUCAAUGUAAUGUUGAAGAAAAUAUAUGUCUUUAUGGAAAAUGUUAUAAUAAUGAACUAUUUAAAAUAAUUACAGUUGAUUGUAUUUAUUUUGAACUUGUGUUAACACGCAGAGGAUUAUUUCCUGCUUCUCCUAUAAAUCCAUUAAUUGCAUUUAAAAUAAAAUUAUUAGAAUUUGCAGAAAAACUACUUCUAUUAGCACAAAUAUCAUAUGAAAGUUUUUGUAUUGCUUUAAGGCAUAUUCAUGAUAAUAAACUUAGUAGUCAUAAAAAUAUUUAUAAACCUUUUAUGUCUACUUUUAGACAAUAUAUAUUAGUUAAAAAAGAAAAAAUUAAGUUUUUAACAGAACAAGUGGUUAAGAAACCUGAAGUUUUCUGUCCUGCAUGUCCAUUAAAAAAUUCAUGUAAUUCAGGUUCUUUAAAUAGAUUAACUGUAUGUUUUGAUGGAUGUUUUCAAUUACGACGAUUAAAAAUUGGUGGAAAUGAUAAUACAGAAGAAGAUUAUUAUUCUAAAUAUUUUAUGGAUGAUAAAUUUUUUGAUUUUGAAAAAUUAUAUUUACAAUAUUUACAAAAAGAAAGUUCUGGGGAAAAUGAUCCAUGUAUGAAAGCUUUUAAGGCAGCAAAUGAAAAAAAUUCUAAAAUACUUUCAAAUGCAUUGGAUAUUAGUGGAGUUGUUGGUACAACAUGUAAACAUGGAAUUCCAAUGAAAUUUUUAAAUAUAAAAACAGGAGAAAGAUUAGUAUAUUCUUUAUUUUUAUUAAAUAAUAUUUUAGAUGAAUUUGGAUCACAAAUUAGUAUGAUAUUGGAUAACAAACUAAAUGAAACAUCUUUACAAUUAAAAGCUAAAGAUGUAUGGUAUGCAGUUUCUGUAUUUCAUGCUUAUGCUCAUGAAGCUUUUUGUCAAUGUAUUUAUCAUCCAAGAAAAAGAGAAGGGUUUGGUCUUACUGAUGGUAAAUGGUUAGAAAGACUUUGGUCAUAUUUGGAAAGAUUUACAAAAACUACUAGAAUUAUGACUCCAAGUCACCGUAAAUUUAUACUUUCAUUAGCAUUAGAUCAUUUUGCAGAAACCAGAAUUCAAAAAAUUGGUCAAACAUUAAUUAAACAAUAUCAGCAUGCUUUAGAAUUAAAAGAAAUUUCACAAAAAGAUUUAGAAAAAUUAGAAUUGCAAAAUUAUUCUUUAG